AUGUCCCAAUUGAGAAAGAUGUUCAUUCAAGGACUACCCCUGAUGUUUUUUCUGUUGUUUGUCUGCUUAUUGAGGGAAAGUUCCUGCAUUUGUGAUGGAACUAUUUGGGCUAAGGUUGGAUGGGAGAUACUUCCUGAAGAAAUGCUGUAUCUGAAAGUUGAGCCGGCUCCAUCUCACUGUUUACCUUACCCUAUGGACAAACUAUGGUGCAAUAUUUUUAAUUUGGAUGCAAUUGCGAGUCUUGUACAUCUCGUGUUUGUUUUAGGACAAGCUAUCUCUCUAAUCCUACUUGCUUUAUCUGUGCAUUACCUGUGGAUGAAGUGGAAGAGACAUAAGAAAGAACUGAAAAAACAAGCCUCCAUAGACAUAGUUAGUAAUGAACCAGAAAGCCAGUCCAUCAAUGACAUAGACCAACUGCUCUACAAACUGUUGGCCACGACGUCCAUGAUGAGUGAGUACCUGGACCAGAAGGCCCAGUGUCCUUCGUCUAAGAAAUUCAAGCACGGAAAGCUCAAGUAUAAGAACCGAGGAGGAACCAGAGGACACCAGAGACAUGUGCAGGUAGUUGCGUCCAAAAUGGAGACCACGCAAAGCGCCUAGGAGAGAACUCGCAUGAGGUUCAGCAUGGUUCUCUGUGAGCCCUUCUCAUUUUUUUUUUUCUUGUCACAUUCUUUACUGAAACUUUUCAAAGGAGCCCAGAGUGAAGAUAUUUCUAUUCAGCUGAAAAGACAUCCGUACUUACUAAAGUACUGGGGAAAAGAUGGUCCACAGUCACUGCUUCAGAUUUAUGUAUUUUGUUCUUUUUAAUGCAUCACAUUACAAAUCAUUAAUUGAUCUGUAAAUUAGAAUCUUUAGUGUUUUAAUAAAUCUCUGAUUUAAAUAUUUGUGAUGUUCCUUGCUUUCCUGACCAAAUGUUAUGGCCACAAGAAGACUUAAUUUCUCAUCUCAGAUGCCCUUUGCUAGAAUAGUAUGAAAGUAUCAAGUAACAGAUUAAUUUUUAAAAUAUUUUUUUCAUUUUUAGUAUAAUAAAUGAUGAAUUGAGUAUCAACGUGUUUUUCUUUAAUUUGAGUUUUGUUGCUCAGAUAUCUCAAUUUUUUUUUUUUUUUAACAAUAUGGUUACCAUAUCUUCCAACAAAUACUGGGGCACUGAUCUGAGACUAGGACAGAAAGUUUGAUUACAAACAUGAAAAAUCCCAGAAAUAUAUACAAGAUCUAAGGCUGGGUAGAGAGAGCUCAAGGAGGGAGGGGCAUCUGUAAUACUGUCUCCAAUAAUAUUUAAA